AGGUGACUCGAAUUUGGGUGCAAAAAUGUAUGAUCAGGACAUCCCUAAUUUAAAGUAAGGUAGUUAAUCUGUUAUCAUUCAAUAUACCUGAACUUCCGAUGAUGGCCAACAUUUGCCCGCUGCGGACGCGCAAACUUAAUUUGUCGAUGGCCGUCUGCCUGUCGCCUUUAAUCUCCCACGGCAGCUUGAACUCUGACAACCUCUCGUACCAGGGAAUCUGUGAUGCUGUGUCCACCUGUCAUUAGGAGCACGUGAACACUUGGAGCCACAGAACAGGCUGAACACAUGUGUUGUCACCUCAUAGUGCAGGUUUUUCACUUCCAGCUGGUUGCAGUCACCUCUGUAUGUGAAAUAGAGGCUGCUGUCCUCCUCAGAAGAGAACAACUGUGUGUUUUGAUGCUGCAGCAGAGGGAAAAAAGUCAGUUGCUCACCAAAAAUACACUGUCAGAAGCACUGAUACACAUUUAUAAACCAAAGUUUAACAUUUGUUUGAUCAAGGUGGUCUACAUUUUGUUAAGAACAUUUAUACAUCCUGUUGUAACUUCUGUAACAUUCUCUCUCUCUCUCUUGUUUUUUAACCUGUCCUGUAAGUAUGAGAUACUCCCAUUGUGAUGAUUCAUUGUUUUGUUUAUUAGGAGAAAGCAGUGAGCAGGAAGCAAUUAAGGAGGGACAGAAAGGAAAAUAGAAAAGUCUCUUUCAAAAUGAUGUUCCGUCACCUCACCUGUUCCGUGCCGCAUUUGAGGACACGCCGCUCACCUCCUGGUCUGCUUUAUGCCAGAGUGGAUCAAAGUUCCCUGAGAUAAGGUUGCAUGCCCGAGCAAUGUUUAUGGCUCUCUGUGUUUAGUAUGCAGGGAGCUGGGGCUCAUGUGGACACGGGUAGAAGAUGAGUAGACGGUACGCAGCGCAGUUGGAGCGUCCCGAUCAGGAGGGUAAGGACAUUGAAUCCUUCCGACUUUCAUCAGAGACUAUGAAAGAUGGCAGAAAGGAGAUGGCCGAGCCGCGAUGCUGCCUCAGCGUCAGUAAGAUGACCUAUACAGUGAGCGAGCGCAUAGGCCCCUGGUGGGACUUACCCUCGUACAGGAAGCGAUGGACUCGGCAGAUCCUCAACGACGUGUCCUUCCACGUGGACAGUGGAGAGAUUAUGGGCAUCCUGGGCAAUUCAGGUUCCGGAAAGACCACAUUGUUGCAUGCCAUCUCGGGAAGAAUCAGGAACUCUGGAACCCUUAUGGGUGAAGUCUUCAUAAAUGGUAGAAAACUGGCAAGAGAGGAGUACCAGGACUGCUUCUCUUAUGUGCUGCAGAGUGACAACCUACUGAGUUAUCUGACUGUGGAAGAGACUUUGACCUACACAGCCCAGCUGGCCCUCAGAAGACAUUCUUCCCAAGCAAUCCAAAAUAAGGUGUCAGCAGUCAUGGCAGAGCUCAGUCUGACCCACGUGGCCCGCAGUGUCAUCGGCGGACGUGUUUUCCCUGGAAUCUCCGGAGGCGAGAGGAGAAGGGUCUCCAUCGCCAGCCAGCUCCUGCAGGACCCCAGGGUGAUCCUAUUGGACGAGCCCACUACAGGCCUGGACAGCAUGACGGCCAAUCAGAUCGUAGUGCUGUUGGCCGAGCUGGCCCGACGGAACCGCGUCGUCAUCGUCACCAUCCACCAGCCUCGCUCGGAAAUCUUUACGGUGUUCAGCAGGAUUGCAGUGAUGAGUCGCGGUGAGUUAGUUUUCUGUGGCCAGCCAAAUGAAAUGGUGGACUUCUUCAGCCAGUGUGGAUAUGAGUGUCCGGAAUACUGCAACCCUUUUGACAUCUAUGUCGACUUCACUUCGGUGGACACGCGCAGCAGCGAUCGUGAGGCGGCCACCUUCACCCGAAUGCACGAGAUCACAUGCUCCUACAGGGCAUCUGCCAUCUUUAACCGAAUGUUGGCCAGAAUGCAGGAGAGCCUUAAUGUCCAAAACAAGGCCGCCAUCCCCUUCAAGAGCAAAGAGUCGCCCGGAGGCGUUGCCAAGUUGGCCGUGCUAUUCAGGCGCACCAUGCGGAACCUGUCUAGAGAUCGUAUGGGGGUCCUGAUGCGUCUCUCUCAGAACCUAAUCUACGGCCUCUUCGUGGCCUUUUUCGUCAUGCGUUUGGACGACGAUGUUGCUAAAGGCGCCGUGCAGGACCGCAUCGGCAUCAUCUACCAGUGCGUCGGUGCCUCGCCCUACACCGGAAUGCUGAACGCGGUCGCCCUUUUUCCCGCCCUACGUGCCAUUGGUGACCAGGAGAGUCAAGAUGGCUUGUACAGUAAAUGGCAAAUGUUCUUGGCCUAUAUCUUCCACAUCCUGCCCUUCAGCGUCCUCAGUGUCUUCAUCUUCACGUCCUUCCUCUACUGGACAGUGGGGAUGCAUCCUGAGACAUGGCGCUUCUUGUGUUUCACAGCCGUGGUGAUGGUUCCUCACAUUACAGGGGAGCUGCUGACGGUGGUCCUCUUAGGGGUGGUCCAGGAUCCCAACAUGGUCAACACUGGUGUGGCUCUGCUUAACAUAGCAGGGAUCCUAGUAGGCUCUGGGUUCCUACGAAGCACAGCCCAGAUGCCGAUCGUGUUUCAGUGGUUGAGCUACUUGACAUUUCAGAAGUACAGUUGCGAACUGCUUGUCGUCACAGAGUUCCACGGUCUCCGCUUCGCGUGCAAUCACUCCAGUCAUCUGCCAGAACAAUGCCUCAUCACGCAGGGGGAUCAGAUCGUGGAUGAAGGCUACCCGGGCGCGUUAUCCCGCUAUACGUUGGAUUUUGCGCUGCUCUACUCCUUCCUGCCUGCCCUUCUGCUACUGGGCAUCAUCACAUUCAAGAUCAGAGAUAGACUGGUGCUCCAUUGACUGGACACAACUUCAGAUAGACUUGAGCUCCAAACAAAAAUAUGCACUAUGCGUAAAUUUUUUCAAAAUAUACUACAGUGGUACCUCUAAUUACAAAAUUAAUUGGUUAUGGAAGUAGUUUCGUACAGUGCCUUGCAAAAGUAUUCGGCC